CACCCAGCCGGCCAGCCCACGCGGCCAGGCACGCCGCCUCCCCCACUCCCACGCCCGCACAGCUCAACUUCCCAUUUCUCCCUCUCGAACUGCACAUUUCUUUACCCUUUCACCGCGCGCGGGUGUUGGGGAAGGGGAUCCCUUUGCGUUCCACGCUAGCUCGCGCGCACCCCGCACACCGCCAUUUGCUCCUCCUUGCUGCUGCCACUAGAGUAAAUCUUUUCCCUUCCAUUUUCUUUCCCUUUUCCCCGCGCAUGCGCGAGUUCUGAUUGACGCCAUGGGGGACGCCGCCGCCGCCUCCACCUCAGCUCCCGCCACGCCGACCUCCAUCCUCAUCUGCCGGGAGGACGGCAACGACCUUUUCCCCGAUACCGACGACCGUGCUGGAGACGGCGGCGACGCGGACUUCUUCGUUGCUGCCACCGACCGUCUGCUGCUGGUUGACCAGGACGACGAGUAUGUCGCGGUGCUCCUGUCCAAGGAGAGCGCUUCCGCCGGCGGCGGCGCUCGGGCGGAGGAAAUGGAGGAGUGGAUGAAGGCCGUGCGCUCCGGGUGCGUCCGCUGGAUCAUCAAGACCACCGGGAUGCUCCGGUUCAGCGGGAAGACCGCGUACGUCGCGGUGACUUACCUCGAUCGGUUCUUGGCGCAACGGCAAGUCGAUAGGGGGAAAGAGUGGGCCUUGCAGCUGCUCGCGGUAGCGUGCCUGUCGCUGGCGAUAAAGUUGGAGGAGCACCACGCGCCGCGGCUGUCGGAGUUCCGGCUGGACGCGUACGAGUUCGACAGCGCGUCCAUCCUGCGGAUGGAGCUCCUCGUCCUGGGCACGCUCCAGUGGCAGAUGAUCACCGUCACCCCGUUCACCUACAUCAGCUGCUUCGUGGCGCGGUUCUGGCAUGAAGACCGCAGGGCGAUCAUCCUGCGCGCCGUGGAGUGCAUCUUCGCCGCGAUCAAAGCGAUGAGCUCGUUGGAGUACCAACCAUCCACCAUUGCUGCAGCAUCCAUCCUCGUCGCGAGCAACAAGGAGACAUCCGCCGCCAAUCUCGACGAGCUCAAGGCGAUCUUGGGCUCAUCAUGGCCGCAAUUAGACACCGGGCAUGUGUACUCCUGCUACAGUGUGAUGAUUCUGGAGGACAAGUCCUCCAUGCACUCGACGGAGGUGGCGUCCUCGGGUGUCUCUGUCGCCGCACACUUCGGGAGCCCGGACACCUCCGUGGGCGCCAAUAAUGCCGCUGGCACUGCCUCGCCGGCAGCCCCGGACAAUAAGAGGAGAAGGCUGCUUUCACCUCAGCGCCAGUAGGAGCUGGACAGUGGAGUCCAGCUCGCAUUUUAGCUCACCAUUUUCUUUUGUUUCAGUUGAGCCCUCAUCAGUGUUUCUCAGGGCAGGGGUGUCCAGAUGGGGGCAGGAUUUGAUUCUUCUGAUUAGUGCAAUCGUCACAGUUGAUUUGGUAAUUUAGCAUUGAAAAAGUUUUAAUUUUGAGAUCUUUCCCAGGCUCAAAAGGUAGUGUAAAGAGGAGAGAAGAAAGCUAAAACUGAAGAAAGCUCUGGCUCAAAGUGAGAAAGGCAAUCGAUAUACUCGUUAUUUUUAUUCUCACAAAAUUAGGGACAACAGACAUGGUCUUAAGUCGCCG